AUGGCUUCAAAACCAGGGAUUUUUACAGAAUGGCCAUGGACAUGGCUUGGAAACUACAAGUAUGUGGUGUUGGCACCAUGGGCAGUUCACGCCACAUACGCAUACAUGGUGAAAGAUGGUGCAGAGAGGGAUCUUUCGCACGCGAUAAUAUUCCCCUUCUUGCUAACUAGAAUGCUUCACAACCAAAUAUGGAUAUCUUACUCUCGCUAUCGGACCGCCAAGGGAGCUAAUAGGAUUGUCGAUAAGAACAUCGAGUUCGAACAGGUCGACCGGGAAAGAAAUUGGGAUGAUCAGAUAAUACUGAAUGGAUUGAUGUUCUAUGUGGGGUACUUGUAUGUGGAGAGGGGCCAUCAUCUUCCGUGGUGGAGAACCGAUGGGGUCGUGUGGACUGUGCUGCUGCACGCGGGCCCUGUUGAGUUUCUCUACUACUGGCUGCACCGGGCGUUGCACCACCACUACCUCUACUCUCGCUAUCAUUCUCAUCACCACUCAUCCAUCGUAACCGAGCCCAUUACAUCCGUCGUUCAUCCGUUUGGGGAGCACGUUGCCUACUUCAUACUAUUCGCCAUCCCGUUGCUGACGACUGUGCUGACUGGGAUGGCCUCGUUGGCCUCGUUCGCCGGCUACAUUACGUACAUAGACUUCAUGAACAACAUGGGUCAUUGCAACUUCGAGCACAUUCCUAAGUGGGUCUUCUCCGUUUUUCCUCCCCUCAAGUACCUCUUGUACACCCCUUCGUACCAUUCCCUGCAUCACACUCAAUUCAGGACCAACUACUCGCUUUUCAUGCCGAUGUACGAUUACAUAUACGGCACCAUGGACAGAUCAUCCGAUGCGUUAUACGAGAAUUCGCUUGUUAGGACAGAGGAAUCGCCAGAUGUCGUGCACCUGACUCACCUGACGACCCCCGAAUCCAUAUACCACUUGCGUUUGGGGUUCGCUUACUUAGCUUCCGAGCCUCACAACUCCAAGUGGUACCUGCGGCUGAUGUGGCCCGUCACAAUCUGGUCGAUGCUGAUCAAUUGGAUGUACGGUCGAACUUUCAUUGUCGAGAGGAACACGUUCAAGCACCUCAAGCUGCAAACUUGGGCCGUCCCCAAAUACACCAUUCAAUAUUACAUGCAAUGGCAGAGAGAGUCGAUCAACGGGAUGAUUGAAGAUGCGAUUCUAGAAGCCGACAGAAAAGGCACUAAGGUGUUGACACUAGGCCUAUUGAAUCAGGAUGAGGGGCUUAACAAGAGUGGGGAACUUUUCUUAACAAGACAACCUCAGUUGAAAGUGAAGGUUGUGGACGGGAGCAGCCUAGCAGUUGCUAUCGUGCUCAACACCAUCCCGAAAGGAACAACUCGGGUCCUCUUUGCGGGCAAUCUCUCUAAGGUUGCGUACUCGAUUGCCCUGGCCUUGUGCCAUGGUGGCAUCCAGGUAUGCACGAUGCACGAGGAAGAGUACAAGAAGUUGAAAACAAAGCUUACAAGUGAGGCUGUGCAUAAUCUGAUGCUCUCUCCAGUCAAUCUUCCAAAGACAUGGCUAGUGGGUGACGGGCUUCGAGAGACCGACCAACUGAAGGCAUCGAAAGGAACAACAUUCAUACCCUUCUCUCAGUUCCCGCCCAAGAAAGCCCGGAAGGACUGUUUGUACAGCUGCACGCCAGCAAUGCAAGUCCCGAAGCAUCUCGAGAAUGUCGAUUCUUGUGAGAACUGGCUGCCGAGAAGGGUGAUGAGUGCAAGGAGGAUAGCGGGUAUAGUACAUGCGGCUGAAGAAUGGAACGUGCACGAGUGUGGGGACAUGAUGUUCGAUAUUCAGAAAGUGUGGCAAGCAGCUCUUGACCAGGGCUUUCAUGGAACCCGACUCAUCAUCGUCAACAACUGCGCCGACCCCAUCUGGCCGGCCCUCCUCGGCACGGCCGGCCACCCGACCCCAGCCGCUGGCGGCUUCUCGCUCGGCAGCGGCCAGCAGGCGGCCAUCGAGACCCCCGACCUCUGGUCCGGCCGCAUGUGGGCCCGCACGGGCUGCAACUUCAACGACUCGGGUCACAGACCAUGCGAGACGGGCGACUGCAGGGGACAGCUGGCAUGCUCGGGAGCUAGCGGCCGGCCACCGGCAACAAUGGUGGAGAUGACACUGGGAACGGCGGCAGAUCCAGAAACACACUACUACGACGUGAGCUUGGUGGACGGGUUCAACUUGCCGGCGUCGAUGGUGCCGGCGGCUGGUGGUGGGGCAGCCGCUUGCGGGGUGGCGGCCUGCGAGACGGACGUGAACACGUACUGCCCGGACAGCCUGGCGGAGAGAGGGCCCGGCGGGAGGGUGGUAGGGUGCAAGAGUGCGUGUGUCGCGACAGGGGCUGACAAGUACUGCUGCACGGGGGAAUACGGGAGUGCUCGAGCGUGCAAGCCCACGUCGUUCGCCAACCUGUUCAAAGCGUUGUGCCCGAGGGCAUACAGCUAUGCGUAUGACGAGGCGGGUGGGCUCAAGACGUGCAGUCGGGCUAAGAGGUAUGUCGUCACGUUUUGCCCGCCUAACUGA